GCACUUCUUUUACUUGACGUUUGUGGGUUGCAGGUCUGCCAUAUCAAUGAACUAUAAUAAUUUAACUUAAAAUUCUGCUUUUUGCUGUUUCAGCGUAGACUUUUUUUAUUUACAAAUUCUGUUAUCUGUAUGUUGUCAAAUCAGUUCGUUAGUUUUCAAUUCCGAUUGAUGAAUAUUAAUAUAAAUAAUGAAGUUGCCUACGUACAAAGUUAGUAAAUUAAUAAUUGGAUGGCCGACUUUGCGAAAUUACAUUUUGUACAGCUAACUUCAUGCUAAUCAUUAACGGAGGUUCUUGUUUACAUUAUGUUGGUAGUGUUUUGCUUAAAUGUUUGGUGUGUGUAACCAUUGUUUACUAACGCAAUAAUAUUAAAAUUAGAUGAAUUACCAAAAGCAUUGAUUUUAACUGUUAAGUUCCGUGCGGUUUCGGUGCCAUCAUAAUGGAAUACAACAUUGAGACUGCUGUUCGAGUGUGUCCAAUACCAUGCACAAAUGGGGAUGUUAUGUGUGUUCAAUCAAACACAUACAAUAACACAGUGCAAUUGGGCAAUUCUCAUCCAUAUCCAGUGACUUAUGCAUUACCCUUCGAAUGCCCGCAGAGUGCUUUAUUCAAUACAGUGGUGUCACCUCUCCUCAAUGACCUGCAAGAGGGCUGCGAUGUAUCAGUUGUUACAACUGGUCAAUCGGGAAUGGGCAAGACCUACACAUUACUUGGGCCUGGUGUGAACUGUGCUUUAAGUGAAAGUGAGUAUGGAAUCAUUCCCAGGUUUCUGCGUGAACUAUUCAUUAAAAUAACUGAGGACAGAGUUAGGAAUUGCAAUGUGCACAUUACUUGGUCCCAGAUUUGUGGGGAAUCUGUGCAGGAUUUACUUGGAGCUGGCAGUGUUGAGGUAAAGUCAAUUAGUGAUGCAUUCCAAUUGAUACAGCUGGGCAUGUCCAACUUGGCUCCAAGGUUUGCACACACAUUAUUCACCAUAACUCUGGAGCAGCAGUGGUUAGCAGAUAACAACAUCCAACACCGUAUUUCAACAGCAAGUUUUGCAGAUCUGGCUGGGAGUGACAAAGUGAUCAUCAUGGAUGGUAAUGGAGUGACUCAGAGUAUCCCUUCAGAUUCUGGCUUAUUGUCACUGCAAAGAUGUAUUAUGGCUUUGACAGAACCAUUUAAUAAUCAGAUUCCUUAUAAUCAAUCAGUUUUGACAACAUUAUUAAAAGAUUCAUUUGGUGGAAGAGCAAAAACAAUUUUAAUCAGUUGCAUUUCACCAUUGCUGAGGGAUUUGUCUGAAACUUUCUACACAAUGCAAUUCUCUUUGAGGACGCAACUUAUUAAAAAUAUCGUGACUGUAAAUUCUUAUACUACAAAUGAAACGGCGCAGGAGAAUUUCGACGUGUUUGGACUUCAGUUUGCUGCAAAUCAAUUGUUUAAACUUGUCGCUAAUGCCGAAGAGUUAUUCCAGAAACUAGUGGCUAAUAACGCUUUAUCUCAGAAUGACAUGGAACAAGUUUCUUUGUGGUUGACUUUGAAACAGGAGUGCGAGGAAUGUUUGAGCGAGACAUCCGAGCCGCGACGGUCCUUAGAGAGGAUCGAAGAAGAAAUCGAGGAAUCCUGUGAUACGUCCGAGAGCGAAAAUGGGGAUGAAGAAAAUGAAGAAAUUUUGAAUAGGUUGAAUAAUUACAUGGCAACGUUUAGGUUAAAUACUGAGAACCUGGUAACCAAAUCAAAUGGAAGUAAUGUGCUUUCGAAUACCAACAAAGAGAGUAUUAAUAGUUCAAACAGUGAAUUUCAUGAUAGAGGGGCCAGAGGAAGAAGGAACAGUAUACACUCGUUGUCAUCACCAUCGCUGAGCGUACAAAAGGUAUCCAGGGAUACGGAAAUUUGUGAUAUUAAGCCACAAAGCCAAAUGAGCUAUAGAUCCAAACAGAGGAAGCUGAGAAAGAUGUGUACAGAUCUGCAAGGUUAUCAGAAACAAAUCGCUGAGCUUGAAAACACGAUUACGAUGAAGGAGAAGUUGAUGCAGCAACUGUUGAAACACAAGACGACGAAGUCGACGGCACGUGAUAAGAUGGAAAUGAAGAGGUACCAGCUUAAAUCUAAUUUCGAGGAGGCCCAGAGUAAGUUGCUGAACGCAGAAAAUGACUUGGACUUGCAAAACAGUAAAGCUGCAAUAGCGGAAAUUCAUCAGAAGAUCAAAGAUAUAGAUUCUAUUAAGAACAUAACAGAAGAUGGAAGCAGAAGGGUCAUGGAGCUGGAGAGCAGUUUACAUACGAGCAAAAAACAGUUGGAGAAAUUGAAGAAGUUGAAAAGGAAGGAGGAAAAGCGUAAGAUCGUGCUUGAAAACGAGUUGAAGAAUGAGAAGUCGGUGUCGGAGGAACCGAAGGUGGAGAAGUCGUUGGUGGUGCAAGAGAAUUGGCUGGAGAUUAGAGGGCCGUUGUUAACGCCCGAUGAUGAGUUGGAGGCAUUGAGACAUGAGAUCAGGAAUUUGAGGCGAACCCGGGAAUUACUUCUGGAGCAACGCUGUAAAAUCGAUACCAAUUCGCAUCUGAGCACCUUAAAUAAUGAGUUUGAGGAGAGAAAGAUGUUCCAGUAUGAGGAGGCUAUCGAGGCUAUCGAUUUCAUUAUAGAAUACAAGAACGAGUUAAUGUGCGGACACGAGAAAGCAUUAGCGACUCCGCAGGAACAUGCCGAUAAGAUGCUGUUAGAAAGGCUGAUGAAACUGAACGAAAACGAGAUGAGGACUCUAUUGCAUAAAUAUUUUGACAAGGUUGUGGAUUUAAGAAGUAGCAGCAAAAAAUUGGAACUGCAGGUCGUCGACAUGGACUUCCAGAUUGAGGAUCUAAGUGGACGUGUGCAGACCUUGAGUCACACACUGCAGCAGGUGCGUCUGGAGUACGAACGACGCGUCGUGUCUUUGCAACAGCAAUAUGAAGAGAACAUUCAUAUAAUUUUAAAGCAUUUGGCGAGCGAAGGGGCUACAAGCAGUGGUGUUAUUUGGAGGUUUCCCGGUGGCUCGAAGACGAACAACGGGGGUGUUAUAACGAGUUACGGUGGUAACCAUUCCAAGCAUCCCAGUCAAGUGAACAGCAGCAGCACUCCACAAACGGUUGUAACAAGGCAGAAGAACAAGAUUAUCAUCAGCAAACGUUAAUGGUUUUUGAUAUAUUAUCGGCGAAUUUAGUGAUCUUAUUUUGUGAUUAUUUCUCUCUUAUUUGUUUCUGUUGCGAGUAUGUAUUUAAAAGCAUUGU